AUGACCGGCCAAACUGGAGACCACGAGUCUCCCCAAAAAUCACCUCCCUUAAACACCACCGGUCAUUCAGUCAGCGCCCAACGCGUCCCACCUCCCGAGACCCCCGAGGCCAUCCAAACUCGCUUCCGAGUCAUUGCUGCUUUUUGGAUCGUGAUCAUUUUCUUGGGCUUUCCGAUAUGGUGGAAGACAACGUCGAUAUAUCGGGCACAUCUGCCUAUUCAGGACAUGGUAGAUUGGGCGGAUGGAAAGACAUGCCGUCCCGUCUUCCCCCUUGAGAUCCAGAUGGCUGCCCCGGCGAUGCAAUUGCCUGAAUCACAGCAUCUUGUGCGUACAACACAGCAUGCGCUCGAUGACCUGAAUGAAUUUGCCGCCCAUCACCUUCGUCUCAAGCUGGCAAAUGCGACCGGUCCUUCAGAUGAUGCGACACCUGUGGUCGGGCAGAUCAUGCACGACGGACCCGAUACAGCGUUGGUUGUUCGUGUGCUAUCAGAGGAGGGUUUGGCGGCGCCUAGAUCGGAGCUGCAUGCUGAGACGACUCAACUGGAUAUCUUCUAUCCACCAAGUCAGGUGCCGGUUCCCUCGUCCUCCAAUCCGGCUUUGUCUGUGUUUAUUGCGGAAGAACUGCAGCGUCUAUACAGCGAGGAGAAGGCCACUAUUGCCCACAUCCUCUCCGGUGACAAGUCGGGUCCCGACUCAGAAGGCAUCAGUCGAAGAUUACGUCGGUCUAUGAAGUAUGCUGAUACCUACCACCUUUCAUUUUCCUUGUUCACCCCUGGUGCGGCUCCGUCUUCAUGGGACAUUGAGCGUGCUGUGCAGGAGUAUCUGGCUCCUCUGCUCUUUGCAUUCAGUCCCAUCAGCAAUUUUACCAUCGACACUCAGGUCCAGCUGUAUGCAAAAUUCUCGCCGAUGGCUCCGCCGCCGGUGUAUGAUGAGGCCGAGUCGGCGUGGACCCUGAAGAAGGAAGACCUCAGCGCGUUUGUCAACGCCGCCGAGUGGCCCCUGAACCCCAGCAUUGGAAACGGGCCGACGCUCAACUUCAUUCUCUACGUCCCCGAUCCCUCUCAAUCGCCCAUGGUGGUCAAGGAAAACCACGCCUCAAGUUGGAUCAUCCCUCAGUGGGGUGGUGUCUUCCUCCUCAAUCCGCCCCUGGAGACAAUCGGCUCGAGCGGCAGUAAGAUCAAUCCAGGUCAUCUGUCGCAGGAUGCGCUCCGUCCGGCAUUCAUGACCUUUUCCCAUCAGCUUCUCACUCUUCUGGGCACUCCAACCUCGCCUGCAUCCCUUCCUCUUCGUCUGCAAUCUCUCAUUCGAGUCCGUGCCGCCGCACUGCUCUUGUCCGCCUCAUCUACCAUGGGCUCCCUGGCGCGUCUCACAGAAUCCCUUCCCUCGAUCCCCAUUCCCGCCACCGUGGCAGCGUCCGUUUCCAAAACCCUUUCCCACCUCUCGGCCACUUGUACGCACUUGCGCGAGGGCCGUUUUGCUGCGGCUCUGGCCACUGCCCGCAUUGCCGAGUCCGAGGCGGAGCGCAGCUUUUUCGAGAAGAGUAUGGUUGGUCAAGUAUAUUUCCCAGAUGAGCACAAGGUCGCCGUGUAUCUACCCUUGUUGGGCCCUGUGGGAGUCCCAUUGAUUGUCAGUUUGUUGAAAGAAGUCAAGCGACUUGUUGCCGGUUGGAAAGCAGGGAGAGUCUCCAAAGCGUAA